AUGGAAAGUAACAAGAAGCGUCGAUUUUGGGCUGAGAUCCGACCCAUGCCGACUCUGGAGACACCUAACUUUGGGACAGGCACAACUCUCCCGCCUACGACGUCGCAAGGAGACGCAGCAACGCGCGAAAAGACUAACGGUGCUCAGACCUAUGACGCAGAAGACAAUGAAUCUGACCCGGAACCCGACAAGAAAGCACCCGAGGAAGCAGAAAAAACGGAGUCUCCCAUGGUUGCUUACCUAGAGCAGAUGUUCUCCAAGAGGCUCGACGCCAUGCAGUCCAUGGUUGAAAGGCUCCCAGGGGUAGCUACCCCCAUCCGGAAGAGCAACCCCGACUCUUACGCCGACACUCCUUUCACGGAUGAGAUCACCCUGAUCGAGAUGCUCAGGAAGUUCUCCUUCCCCAACAUAAAUGCGUAUGACGGCAUCAGCGAUCCGGACGAUCAUCUCGCCCAAUACAGACAAAGGAUGCUCGCUAUAGCACUCCCAAAGGAGUCGCGUGAAGCUACCAUGUGCAAAGGGUUCGGCUCAACCCUGACCGGACCCACUUUGCAAUGGUACAUCAACCUACCCUCCAGGUCCAUAGCCUCCUACGCUAUUCUCAGCGACAUGUUCGUAGAACAAUUCGCCAGCAGCAGGGACCUGGAGAAAACCUCUGAUGGUCUCUACGAAAUCCUUCAUCAUCGGGCGGAACCCCUGCAAGGCUACAUAGCCCGCUUCAACCAAGAGAAGGUGGCCAUUCCCGAAUGCAGCAUCCCCACUGCUAUCUCUGCCUUCAAGAGAGGUUUGCUCCCCGACGGUGACCUCUAUAAGGAGCUGACCAAAUAUCAGUGCAAGACCAUGGAAGACGUCCUGUCCCGAGCCUGGGCACAGGUAAAAUGGGAGGAAGAUGUCGCCAGUCGCGCUAAGGCGCAGCUAAAGCAAGACCCCAAGCUGGUCAUAUCGGACCAAAUCGAGCGAGACGAGAAACCCUCUCCAAGACCAGCCAGGGACUCUGGGAACAGAAACCAGGGCAAGUACCAGAACCGGCCGAUCGAGAAGGCAGAAGGGAUGGCAGUGUCCACAUGGCCAGAAAUCUCUCACCUCUCCGUCUCAAUGCCAGAGCUGAUCAAUGUUCUGAGGCAGAUGGGACAACAGGUCAAGUGGCCUCAUAAGAUGAAAGCACCCGAUUCUUUACGGAACCCUGGUCUCCGGUGCGACUUCCACCAUGACCACGGCCACAAAAUGGAGGACUGCGUCCCAUCGAAAAUCAAGGUCAACGAAUUGCUUAUGAAAGGAUACCUCAGGGAGUUCCUUUCCGAAAAGGCCAAGAGCCACCUAAGCAAGGAGACAAUGGGAAGGCCCACUGAAGUUGCUUCCGAAAUCAGUGGUAAAAGCCACACAGCCGCGAAGAAGAGCACUUGGAACGCCAAGCACGGACUAGAGGCCGCCAAGCCAAAACGCGUGCUCCUAGGUACAGACGAAAUAAGCUUCACGGCCAAGGAGCAGGAAAGGGUUCUCACCUCACAUCACGACGCCCUGGUCAUAUCGCUCACUGUAGCGAAUUUCCUAGUGAAAAGGAUACUGCUAGAUAAUGGAAGCCCCGGCAACAUCAUCUUCCAGGCCGCAUACAAGGAUUUGGAGAUGGAGGAAAGCGCUCUAACUCGGAGGAUAACCCCACUCAUAGGGUUCAGCGGAGAAGUCAAGCAGACCGCCGGAGAGGCGACCCUUCCGGUAUACGCUGAAGGGAUCAACAUGUCUACCAAGUUCCUUGUCAUUCACUGUGAUUCAUCCUACAACAUGAUCCUGGGACGGCCCUGGAUUCACGGCAUGGGAGCCGUCCCCUCGACUCUUCACCAGAUGGUAAAAUUCCCUACACCCUGGGGCAUAAAGGCGAUCAGAGGAGAUCAAGAGCAUUCUUGCUCCUGCUACCAGACUACUUUGAAGGGAAAGACCAAGGCCUUAUAG